GCACUUCAGGAAGUCUUGCGUUCUGGCCAGGAGAGAACCUCAGAGGGCCCCUUCCCGUGUGCCUGCUUAGGGCCAGGCUGCAGGCCCAACUGUGCCUGUCUUAGUGGUUUCCUGGCAUUCACAAUGAGGUGGAGCAACCAACAAAUGAACGGAAAGACGGCUGCUCUGAAGAGCCCUGGGUCCUACACAGAAAACAAAGACCGGGCCCAAGAGCACCCGGACUGCAGUCUGCACUGGCCAGAAGGCUUGAAGGGCACAGAGAUAAAGAAGGAUGGCCGAGAAGGGACACUACUAAGUAAAUACAACCAGCAAUACCACAAGCUCUUUAAGGACAUCCCCGUGGAGGAGAUGGUGCUCAAAGUGUGCUCCUGUGCCCUCCAGAGGGACCUCCUUGUCCAGGGCCGUCUCUACAUCUCCCCCAACUGGCUCUGCUUCCACGCCAGCCUCUUUGGCAAGGACAUCAAGGUGGUCAUUCCUGUGGUAUCUGUGCAAAUGGUAAAGAAACACAAGAUGGCACGGCUCCUCCCCAACGGCCUGGCCAUCACCACCAACACCAGCCAGAAGUACAUCUUUGUGUCUCUGCUCUCCCGGGACAGUGUGUAUGAUGUGCUGAGGAGGGUCUGCACCCACCUGCAGCCUUCCAGCAACAAGAGCCUGAGUGUGAGGAACUUCCCAGAGGAACCUGAGUGCAAGUCUCUGGAAGUCCUCAUUCCUGAGAUGAAGUGGAGAAAAAUAUGCCCUUCCUCCAGGUCAUUGUUGCUCUCAGACAAUAUCCCCUGCGUCCCUCAGGAAUCGUUGGACUCCACAGACAGCCUCUUCCCCUCUGGGAAGCCUCCAGGGCCUGAGAAUGCUGCCUGUGAGACCCACAAGCAGGAGGAGGAGCCAGCAGGAGAUCUGGAGCUGCCACUGUGGGAUUCCCAUCUCCUCAAGGUCAUCUUCAUGCUGAUCUGCUUCUUGGUCAUGUCCUCGUCCUAUCUGGCAUUUCGCAUCUCCCGUCUGGAACAGCAGCUGUGCUCCUUGGAUUGGGCUGGGCCAGUCCCUGGGCACAGGUAGCAGCUGCUUGGCCUUGGUCCUCACCCCUCUCCAAGAAGAAUGCUCGGGUGCUAAGACUGGUUCGUGCUGCUGCCGUGCUGAGGCUGAGUGUGAAGGGAACUUCUCUGUUUCCCCUCCUCCCCAUCUUCUCCUGCCCUCUCCACCAGCGAGCUCAAGUACCUGUUUACAAAGUGACUGGCUCCUCCAGAUCUGGGACUCGAACAGAAAGCUAGAUUCUUGGAAGCAGCUGAGGAAUCCUGUCUACUCAGCUUCUGCAGCCACUUCAAUGAACAUUUAACUAGCUCCUUGGAGACCACUGGGGUGCACAGGCCGAGCCCUGGGGGCUGCCUCAAGACAAAGGCCACACUUUUAUACCUGGAAGGUGGCUCUCUCUUCCUUGGUACCUGUCCUCUGUGUGCCCCUGGAGCCCCUUGGGCCCUGAGUCCCUGUCCUGAAGUUCAGCCCACAGGGUUCUGUGGGGAGCCAGGCACUGCUCAGGCCUCAGACAGGGGUUGGGCUUCCAGCGGGAGAUGAGUACGCAUGCCUGAGGGAGGCACUGAGCUGGCCCCCUCUCCCCACUGCAGAGCCCAGCAGACUGCAGAGAUGGUGUCCACAGCAGGGGAUGCCGGCGGGGUUUGUGAGGUCCCAGGACUCCAUGUCCUCAGCUAUCACUUUCUGGUGAGACAGGUAGAGCAGGACCUCCUUUGAUCACUGCGGUCACACAUUUGAUACUAGGUCUAUCCCUCAUGGCCUCAACUAUUUCCAAAGUGUCCUGGGCCCUUGGAAUAGGUGACAGGAAGCAUGAGAGCUGUGAUUUGAGGCCUUGUUAUGUCCUCUAUGCCUGAUUGCCCUCAUCUUGGGCAUGGCCAACAGCCUUAUGUUGGGGAGGCUUGGACAGGGAGCCAAGUGUGACAGCGUCACUCAUGUCACCUGCUGUGUGUCAAGGGCUGUGAAAGCUCUGUGCUCCAUUAAUAAAGUGUGUGUGUGUGUGGGGGGGCUGGUUCACUGCAGAGAGCAGGGGAAGGAAAGGACGGGCUCUGCCUGACGCCUGAGGGUCCUCUGCUCUAACAGGAACUCCGGCCUGGCCUCCCCUGGGCUCUUGGCUGCUGACAGGGCUUUAGAGGCCCCAGAAGGGCCGCGGGGCAUCCAGGAAGAGCAGUGGUGGCAUGCGUGCCCUCAGGAGUAGCCUGUUCCUCUUUCUGACAGAAGUUAAUCAGAGAGAUCCAUGUGGAACUGAUUUACUGCAGAGCUUCAAUUGUCCUGUUGAUGACAACCCCAAAGGUGGACUGACUGGCAGCAGUGACGUUAGGUGACAGCUCCCUGAGUGCAGACUAGAGGUAUCUUCAUCCUCCCCUCAUCCCCUUUGUAAGCUGGUCCUGCGGCCUGGCCUCUUGUGCUGCUGGCACCGAAUCUGUCUCAGGUGAAAUACUCUUCUUUUCCCUCGCAGUGCCACCCUGGGUGACUGCCCGGCCCUUGCCUUUCAGAGGUGGGGCAGCUGCUCCAUCACUCACUGCCAUCAUAUUUUCAGGGAAACAAUCCUCCUUGCCCUGUGUUUCACCUCCUGGUGCUUGCUGACAGGCAGGAAGAACAAAUCCAUUCUCCAACCCUAGCUAGGUGGAGCUGGCAGCCGAGGGAGGUGCCAAGUCAUGCGUGGCUGUGCCAAGGUGCUGGGAGUCCAUGCCCAGCCAGAACCCAGGCUCAGGGAAGGCAAGAGAAGUAUAGGAGGGCAGGUAGUGAGGAAUCCCACUUGGGGCCUAGGGCUCUGAGCCGCCCCCACUGGAGAGCGUCUGCCCUGUUUCUCCCUUUUGUCCCCCAAUCUGGUCCUGCUGUGCACUGCUAUAAACUGGGAGAAGCUAUUCAUUGUCACCUGCGUUUGCUGAGGCUUCUCUAAUUCUCUGAGACUUUGGGGUUACCACCCCUGGUUGAACCACAGUGGCAUUAGCCUUUGACAUUUUUUGAAAUAAACCUGUUAUUUUCUAGCAUCCUGUGGCACGCAAAGUUCAUUUUUGUCCUGUAACAACUCCUGAAAGGUACUCUGCUGAUAUCCUCGGCGCCGAGGAGACUGAUGGAGCCCAAGUCAUCCCCAGGAUCUGGAGGACGCUGCAGAUCUUGAAGGAUCUACUGAGCAGUUUUGCUACCCAGCAUGUGGGGAAGAGCAAGGGUGACCACAGCCUUCUGCUUCUGCUGGGUGGACACCAAGGGACAGCACUUCCUCAUUUCUCCUGCUUGACGUCCCCUAAUAGUACUUGACUCAGGAAUUAGUGUGUGGAGGGCAAAGCCAGAAGGCUCCUGCGGCCUUUCCUGUGACUCAGAGCCUAUGGAGGCCACAUUCCAGUGUGGGUCGCAUCGUGCUGCCCACACCCCCUUGGGUCCAGGCCCCGAGCCAGCUGCUGCGCCAAGUGCCUGAGGUGCAGUGGACCCGCAGGCAGUGGCUGUAGCCUAACAGGUUGGGAUCAGGUUUCAUAGAAAUAAGUCAUGUUGACAGGAGAUAAAAGGGGAUAUGGCUUUAGAUAGAAUGUUCAAGAGAUUUCUCUGAAGUGACAUUUAAGCUGGUACCCAUCCCUUUUACUAGAUGACACUGAAG